UUUAAAUCGGUUAAGAUUCAAAAAAGUUAUGGCCCAAAAAUAUAGCCUCAAAUCCUCCCCCAAAAUUAAUUUUUUUAUUUUAAAGGCUCGCCCCCUCGCAUUUUUUCUCUUCAAUGAUCUCCUAUUAAUUACAAAACGUCGUUUAAAUGGACAAUUUGUUUGUAAAGAUUAUGCUUAUCGUCGUUUUGUUGUUUUUGAACCUUUAGAAUUAAACAAUUUACGCGUUCCUCCAGGGGUAACUUCAGCUUUGGGAAGUGGAAGAAAUGCUCAUUUACUUUCUUGUGUUUUAUUCCAAAAUGCGAGAGGGAGACAAGUUGAGCUACUCUUGAGUGCUGAAAAUGAAAGUGAUCGGGAACGUUGGUUAACUGCUAUGAGGCCACCUACUUGCGCUAACCCCGACGAGAAAAUUUAUGAAGAAUGGGACUGCCCUCAAGCUGUAGCUGUACACAAUUAUGUGCCUACUGAAGAAGACCAACUUGGUCUGUCGCCCGGCGAUGUAGUCAACGUUUUGAGGAAAUUAGCGGAUGGUUGGUAUUAUGGAGAGAGAAUUCGUGAUAAACGUGGGGGCUGGUUUCCAUCUUCUUAUGUGCAGCAAUUAAUGAAUGAUCAUGUGAGGGCACAAAAAUAUAAACAACGAUUUAGAGUAUUACAGUCAGUAUCAGAAUAUCGCUCUUCAAUGCAUUUCCCUCGUGGUAAAAGGAGUUCAUUAGCAACAAUAUUGCCGUCUUUCGUUACAUCAUCCUCUUCCAGUAAUUCUUCAAAUAUUUCACUUCUUGGUUCUUCAACAACUUCAGGAACAACAGCAACAACACAUUUACGAAGAUUAAGCAAUCCUAGAGCCUAUUUCAGUUGA